CGCCUCGCGCGGGGCCUCUCUCGCUCGCUCGCUCGCCCUCUCUUUCACGGCCUAUGUCCCUGCCGCACAUUGUCGCCGAUUCCUACUCUUCUCCAGAUUGCGGGCGCAUCCCCCUCCUCAUAUCUUUCAAUCUAUCAGUCAAUCAAUCAAUCUCUUGUUUUCUUGCUUGCGUAAUUCUGAGCCCGCCGAUUCGGAUCUUCUCGUUACGUUUUCCGGAACUUGUGGGAAACAAAAAAAGGAUGAGCCCGCGUGUGCUUGGACCUUAGCCUUUCGAAUUCCCGCGAUCGGCAUUGUUGCAUUCUGAUGCGAGUCGUUCCUGCAAUUGUGUAUCUGUGUGCUACACGGAAGCGUGAUAGGCUUUAGUCGUUCCACAGGGAGCACCGCGACUCGGGAGGAUGUAGAUGGUCUACUAAAUCCUCGUGGCGUUUUAGGAGCGCGCGACUCUGUUUUUGCGAUUUGUCGUAGUGUUUUCCCCGACAGUGUACGUGUAAGUUUGUUUUGGGUAAUCAUGCAUUGAUGAGUGUGCUGUGGAGUUCCCGAGAUUGGAGCUUCCUCGGCACGCGUGCACACAGGAACCAGGAAUGACUAGAAUCUCGUUCUGGGUUUGUCCUUGAGUAGGACACUGCUACAUCCAUUUCAGUCUCUGUUUCCUUUGGAUCUCACGUCCGCUCGAAUCUCUCUGAUGCACCUUGGCAUUGAUCUAAGUCUCUCACGUGAAUUGCAGGUGUUAGGCUCUCUAGUUUUACUUUUGUAACGGUCUCAACAGAUUCAGAGCUUUGGAACCGUUCACUAGUUCACGAAUUCAUUAGACUAGGAAGUUUUCAGGGAAACGUCUUCUGGUUCGAACCCGCCAUCUCUUUCUUUCUUUUUUUCAUUUAAAAAAACGAUUGAUUUUUUAAUCAUUUUUGAGACUGUGAGUACGAAGAAGCUCUGCGCGGGUCUAGUUCACGAAGGUCGCCUGGAAAUGCUUGCCAAGCUCGGAUUUUAGCUUCUUAUGCAGGCACAUCUCAUCAGCUUGCUCGAGUCGUGGUUGGUCUUCUACAGUCCACUGAUGGCAUCGCCGCCUGUUUCUUAGCUGGUCGGUGAAUUGUUACUCUAUUGCCGUGCUUGUGGUGCGUCUAGAACAUAUGAUAUGUUGAACUGGAGUUCAGUGUAGAGUGCUAUACUCUCAUUCCACGUGAAUCUCGGAGGCAGUUCCAUGUUCCUUAAACCUUGGAGCGUAUGAUCUUGUGGCUUUUUAUUUUUUAAAAUUUAGAGUCCUCUGCUAUGCACGGUUGGACCGACUUAUACCUACAUUUCUAGCCGUGUCCUGGACUUAGCCGCCAGAAUUAUAUCGUCCGUUCCUUUACUUACAAAAUGGAAUUAUUAGAUUUCUGGAAUCAUUGAAGUUUUGCAUCGGGGACAUUUCCAAGCAUUAAAAAAUUCUGUAGACUGUAGCUAUUGCUAGAAUAUGGCAUGGGAUCCGGACAUUGCUUUGGAGUCCUUCUUCGGCAGCCUGAGAGAGGAGAUCGUCAAUGCGGAGAUGCUUACAAUGCAGGAGGAUGGAGACGAUAUUGCAACUUUGAGUAGUAAGUCGUCCGAGCUUCGAGGAAAGAUUUGUGUCCUCAGCCUUGAUGGUGGCGGCAUGCAUGGAAUAAUACCUGCACGCUUGCUCGCUCACCUCGAGGAGCUUUUGAAGCAGAAAAGUGGAGAUCAAGAUGCGCGCAUUGCUGAUUAUUUUGAUGUUGUAACAGGGACAUCGGUGGGAGGUUUGAUAGCCACCAUGCUCUUCACAGGUGACGAGAACAGUAGGCCUUUAUUCCGAGCAGAGGAGGCAUGGAGGUUGAUGGCAGAGCGGGGACGAGAAGUGUUCAAGAAGGUCUCAAGGUCCUCUGUGUGGUCGAAGUUGAGAUGGAAGUCGAGCAAAACCAGUUGGUUCUCGGCUAAAUCACUAGAGCAGGUAUUCAAGGAGUAUCUGAUGAGGAAAGAUGGCAGCGCCCUGACACUCCGCGACACAAUUAAGCCCGUGUUGAUCCCUUGCUACGACCUUGCCACAGCCGCCCCCUUCCUCUUUUCGCGUGCCGAUGCUCUCGAAAGCCAGACAUGGGACUUCAAUCUCUGGGAGAUUUGCCGCGCCACUACUGCCACUCCCCCUUUCUUCCCCCCUGCGUGUGUCACUUCCGUUGACGGAAACACCUCAUGCACAGCGAUCGACGGACGAGUCGUCAUGCACAAUCCUACUGCCGCUGCAAUCACGCAUGUUCUCCAUAACAAGAGAGAAUUCCCGUUUGUGCGCGGAGUGGAGGACUUGUUGGUUUUGUCUCUGGGAACUGGGCAGAUCGACCAGACUUACAUGUACGAUACUGUCCGGGGAUGGGGCACGAUGCAGUGGGUGAAGUCCCUUGCGAAGAUCGUGUUGGAUGGUGUCGCGGAUACUGUAGAUCACACCAUCAGCAUGGCUUUCGGCGAGCAUCGCAAACAUUACCUUCGGAUUCAGAUGGCAGGAUUGCCGAACAAGACAGAGACAGACGUUAAUGACGUAAACCAGCUCUUGAAACUUUCAGAAGAUUUGUUGGACCAGAAAAGCAUGGAGUUUCUUCCAUUUGGUGGUCGAAUGCCUUUGUCUGUGAGCAACAGAGAUCGGCUUGAUUGGUUUGCGGAGCAGCUCGUGAAGGAGCGAAAAUCAAGAACUCCAGCCGCAACAGAAAGCGCAUUCCAGAAUUUUAUUGAGAAACUGAAAAGUUCCUGUCCUGAGGUGUCUACGGGGAAGGAGUGAAUACUGUCAUGAUGUCAUUACCAAAGAUCCUUCGCUCUGAGUGAUAGGGGAGGUUCAGGAAAACAAUCAUGAAUCUGCUUCGGUGAGAACCAUGAAGGUGGUGGUGAAAUUUGAAACUGCCCGUCUUACUUUCGUCUCAAAUUCUGAAAGACUAGGAAUCAAUUGGUGUUCGGUGCGCAUGAGUGCCUACAAUUGUGUGCUCGCGCACCUGUCUGGAAAGCUCCAAUGGUCCCAGCAUAAGAGUGAGAUUCUUAGCUUUGGAAAUUCAAGGUGGUCCUCCACGGCGCUCUUUACAAUUUGUAAAGACUGCCCAGUGAUGAAGCAAAAUUCCCUUCAUGUAAUUUAUUGGCGUGUAAAGCAAGUCACCAAGUUCAUCAUGCUGUUCAUUUCUCAUGUACAA